AUGAAGAUUUCUUUAAUUUUAGGAAUAACAGCUUGUUUUUCAAUAGCACUAGCUGAUCAAGAAACUUUGGUUUUAGUAGAUAACCUAAAUAUUAGAGAUACACACUCGCAAUUUUUUAAGUCUUUACAAGACCGUGGUUACCUACUUACUUUUAAGUUGGCGGAUGACGCUAAUUUGCUUCUGUCGAAAUAUGGCGAAUAUUUGUACAAAAAUCUUAUAAUUUUUUCGCCGUCUGUGGUGGAAUUCGGUGGACAGAUUGAUACGGAGACUAUUACAAAAUUCAUCGAUGAUGGUGGUAACGUUCUCAUAGCUGGUAAUGCGGCUGCCGGUGAUGUGUACAGGGAGAUUGCUACGGAGUGUGGAUUUGAGAUGGAUGAAGAUUCUGCAGCAGUAAUUGAUCACUUCAAUUAUGAUAUGUUGGAUGAUGGUGACCAUACCCGGAUUGUUGUCUCGCCAAAGAAUCUGAUCAAUGCACCUACCAUUGUUGGUUCACAUAAUACUCAGCCACUACUUUUUGAAGGAACUGGUCUUAUUUUGGACAAAGACAACAGUUUAGUGCUACCCAUUCUUACAGCUGAUAGCACGGCUUACAGCUAUAAUCCCAAGAGUCAGGUGAAGGAGUACCCUCAUGCUGUUGGUCGGAAAACAGUUCUGAUUGCUGCUCUACAAGCUAGGAAUAAUGCUCGCAUUGUCUUUAGUGGAUCAUUAUUCUUUUUCUCUGAUGAAGCCUUCAAUUCUCCUGUAUCGAAAGUUCAUGGGGACAAAAUGAAGGCAGAUCUGUCAGGCAAUAAAGCCCUUGCGGUGCACCUCAGUGAAUGGGCUUUUGGGGAAAGGGGCCGCCUUCGUGUGAGACGUGUGCACCACCACAGACAGGGUGAAAGCCAGUCAUCAAAUACAUACACUAUUACAGACACUGUUGUCUAUAGAAUUGAGAUUGAAGAGCUAAAGAAUGGUAAAUGGCAGCCGUUUGAGGCCAACGAUGUUCAGCUUGAGUUUGUUCGUAUUGAUCCAUUCAUUCGCACUACACUCCAAAAAAAGCCUAAUGGUGUUUAUGAAGCUGUUUUCAAGGUACCUGAUGUAUGGGGAGUAUAUCAGUUUAAAGUGGACUAUGACAGGGUUGGUUACACUAGACUUUAUCAUACAACACAGGUGUCUGUGCGCCCACUUCAACACACUCAAUAUGAACGCUUCAUUCCUAGUGCUUACCCAUAUUAUGUUAGCGCGUUCUCUAUGAUGAUAGGUGUAUAUCUAUUUUCAUUUGUUUUCCUAUACUACAAGGAGGAUACUCCUAAAACCAAGAGUGAAUAG